GGUUCUAGGUUGAUCUGAAUAACAGCUGGCUUGAGUCAGAAAUGACGUUUUCAAAAACUUUCAAAACAAAGACGUAUUUUGAUUUUUGUAAUACUAGUUAGUAAAUUAAUGCUUCAAUAGGUGAAUCGGUGAAUCAUCCAGAAAUGGCCAACGCACUGACCUACGAUGAUUUGAGGAAACAGGCACGAAGUUUAGAGAACGAGAUUGAUCUGAAAUUGGUGGCUUUUAGUAAACUGGGAGCAGGAUUGAAAACUCCACACAGUAGUCAUGCAUCUGAUACUGUUCCACUUCUUUCUGGCGAAGAUACCUUUGAAACCAUGUCCCUUGAAAUUGAACAGCUUCUCAAGAAGUUAUCACAAAUUAACGAACAUAUGGCGGAGCAGCCAGUGUCAGGUGCUGCUAUGUUGCAUACAAUACAGCGUCACAGAGAUAUAUUAGCAGAUCUGUCUAAAGAUUACAGAAAAACCAAUUCACAACAUGAAAGUCGAAGGGAACGUGAAGAUCUUUUACAUGGAGGAUCAGAUAAGUAUCGUUCAGAAGGUAUUAAUAAUAGAAGAGAUAUAUAUUUGAAAGAAAAUCAACAUAUUCACAACUCAGAUAGAUUAGUAAAUGAUCAAAUUUCAAUAGCUAUGGAGACUAGAGAUCAUCUGCAGAGCCAAAGACAGACAUUCAAAAGGUUGCAGACAAGGUUCAAUGAUAUGUCAAAUAAAUAUCCAGUUAUUAAUAGUCUCAUUCAACGAAUAAAUUUGAGGAAAAGAAGAGAUUCUAUAAUCUUAGGAUCAGUGAUUUCACUUUGUAUUUUUCUGGUUUUGUUAUUCAUCUUUCACUGAGAAAUAAUACUAAGAAUGAUGAUUCAUGUUAAAUGCCAAAGUUGACAACUUUUCCCUGUGUGGAACACUUAUGUUUUAAGUAGAAAUGAUUGAAAAUCAAUGAUUCUUUGUAAUUACUUGUUGAAUACUUACAAUAUUUCCAUGUAUUAAUUUUAAUAUUGGUUUAAUGUCUUUCAAUUUGUAAUAUAGUUAUUAGGAAAAAAUGAUUUGAAAUCAAUUAAAAAUUCUAUCAUUGGUAUUAGGUUUUCAACUUAUAAAUUAUUUCCAGUUAUAGCUAUUUUCAACAUCAAAGAAGACAAAUUUGAUUGAAGAGAAUUCAAGGAAUAAAAAAUACUGACAGUUCAA